AUGAUAGUAUUUCAUGAAGAUGAAGACUUUAACCGUCAUCUUGAAGAUAUACGACAAAUUCGCCACAAAAAUAUUGAAGGUGGUCCAAUUAUUUUUUAUAAUGAAUAUUUUAUUACAUUGAAUCUUCAAACAGAACAAAGACUUUUAUUUGUGUACAAAGAAAGUGAUGGUAUAAGUUUAUCGGAAAUUUUGUAUGUAGACAAUAAUUUUUUUAAAAAAAACACAACAUCAGCUUUACAAUUACUUAAACAAAUUGGUGAUGGUCUUCUAUAUUUACAUCGACGUAACAUUGUUCAUGGAGAAAUACAUCCAGACAAUAUUGUAUUAACUAAAACUGGAAUUUAUAAACUUAUUAAUUGUUGUUUUUUUCAUAUAUUAUCUCAUCUUAAACCUCAAAACAAACUUCGAGAAAUGAAAUGUUUGUAUUAUAAUUCUCCAGAAUCUAUAUUUACAGAAAAGAUAAUAACAAAAGAGGAAGAUGUCUGGGCUUUCGGGAUAAUAAUUUAUAAUUUAUACAAUGGUUUCGAUGAAUAUUAUUUUAAAAAUUUACAUCCAAUGUACCAAACUGAACCUGAUGCUUGUUUAAUACAUAUGUUUAAAAAUUAUGGUCCAUUUUGUGGCCAACAAAAUGACAUGCCAAAUGUAUUUUAUAAUAUUUGUGCUGGAGGAAUAUGGAAAAGAAAUAUAGAGAGAGUUAAUAUGAAAGUUCUUAUGCAAUUAAUAAACAGUAUUGAAUAUUGUUAUAAAGUUCAAAAUUUUAUAUGUAAUGAAAAAUAUUUAUAUUAUGAAAUUAUUAGUAGAAUUUCUAGUAAUAAAGAAGAUUAUUUAUAUCUUUAUAGAUACUUAGUAUGGAGAGAAUUUAUAGAUAAAACAGAUAAAAAAGGUCCUGACCAAAAAAGUGGUAGUUUUUAUCCAAUUCAAAAUGAGAAACAAAAAAAAGGUAUGAGUAAAAAGAAAGAAAAAGGAUCAAAAACAACAAAAAAAAAGUCAAGUAAGAAAAAAAAGGAAAUUAAAUCAGCAAAAACUGAUUAUAAUGAUGUUAAUUUUAAUGACGAUUUAUAA